UACAUUGAAUUAAUUCAUAGUUGAUUGUAAAGGUUAUCUGCACAUUAUACGACUAUUAUGAAGUUUUGACAGCUUAGUGAUUAGGCACGUAAACGACUCCAUUACAGUAGUAAACACGUUCCAUCUAGAUUAUCUACCUUUCACAAUACAAUUGCUUUUCAGGCUCCUCAUGGCACCUCAAUACAGCACCCAAGUCACCCUUGCCACGGUCACAGUGGUAGCUGUGACAGCACUGGCAUAUUACCUGCGCAGAAGGGCUCGUAACAGGAUCCCACAACAAUGGGAGCCUGUGGGUACCGUUACAGAGAUGUUCAUGUACCCUUUGAAAAGCGGCAGACGUGUACCGAUUGAUAAAGCUAAUUGUACCGAGUACGGGUUCCAAUUCACUGAUCCUUCCCUUCCUCAUUUUAGAGAUCGAUGCUUAGUAAUAUACCAGGAUACAACCAAGGAAAUGAAAUCGGCUAGGCAUCACCCGAAGAUACUUCUCUUGGAGGCAGGGAUAGUUGACAGGGAUAAUUUCUCCUUAAGUGCUGCAGACAUGGGUAGCGUCAUUUUCAAAGUACCGGAUUUGACUGCGGAAAAGAACCACGUGAUAUUAAUAAUGCACACGGAAGAAUUGGUAUCCACAUUGGAUUGUGGUGACGAAGUGGCCGAGUGGAUUUCUAAUUACGUACUCGGCAAACCUACUGGUCUACGUUUAGGUUUUCAUGACGGAACUCACGGAAGGGAUAUAGAGAAAUAUUACCCGAAAGAGACAGCAAGGAAUCCGCACCUAAACAACUCUGCGGGGGGCCUUUAUAGUGACUUGGCCACCUUCCAUCUCUUCACAAAAUCGUCAUUGGAAGAUGUACAAGCGAAAAUUCCAAAUGCCAAUAUCACAAUGAAUAAUUUUAGACCGAAUAUCGUAGUGGGCGGCGACAUAGCACCAUAUGCCGAGGAUAGUUGGGAUUGGAUUAAAAUUGGCGACGUCAUCAUAAGAAACGUCAUGACUGUGGCGAGGUGUAGAUUGACCACCCUUAAUCCAGAGAACGCGGAACCCUUAAAAAAUUACGAACCAAUCACAUCUAUGAAAAAGUUUCGACCUUCCCAAGGAUUUGAAGUUGGGCAGGCAACCCCAACUUUCGGCAUAUAUGCCUGUUUGCGCAGGCCUGGCCAAAUAAAACUAGGAGAUACCGUUUAUUUUGGAAAGUAGUGUCACUUUUACUUAUUAAUUAAUACAAUCAGCGAACGCUUCCACGUUUCUUUGAAAAUAAAUUCCUCCAAAUAUGAA